AUGACAACAAUCAGUCUCCGGAAGGGAAACACCCGUCUCCCACCGGAAGUAAACCGCGUCCUCUACGUCCGCAACCUCCCGUUCAACAUCACAAGCGAAGAAAUGUACGAUAUAUUCGGCAAAUACGGCGCAAUUCGCCAGAUCCGAAUCGGAACCAACAAAGACACUCGCGGCACCGCUUUCGUCGUCUACGAAGACAUCUACGACGCCAAAACCGCCGUCGAUCAUCUCUCGGGUUUCAACGUCGCCAAUCGGUAUCUGAUUGUUCUUUAUUAUCAGCAAGCGAAGAUGAGUAAGAAGUUUGAUCAGAAGAAGAAGGAGGAUGAGAUUGCGCGUAUGCAGGAGAAGUAUGGUGUUUCCACGAAAGACAAGUAA